CAUUCUUCUCAGAUCAUCAGGGAGGACUCUUGGAAUCUUCAACUGCAGAAUCUUCAGUAUAAAUAACGAAACAUGGCUCUUCGUGUGUGUGUUACUGGUGCUGCUGGUCAGAUCGCCUAUUCCCUGCUGUACUCCAUCGCCAAAGGGGAUGUGUUCGGAGCUGACCAGCAACUGGAGCUUUUGCUGUUGGAUAUCCCUCCAAUGAUGGCAGUGGUUGAGGGCGUGAAGAUGGAGCUCAGUGAUUGCUCACUUCCACUCCUCAAAGAUGUUGUAGCAACUGCUGACUACAAGGAAGCUUUCCUAAAUGCAGAUGUGGCCAUCUUGGUCGGUGCCAUGCCAAGGAGGGAAGGGAUGGAACGCAAAGACCUCCUUAAGGCCAAUGCUAAGAUCUUUGAGGGUCAAGGCAAGGCUAUAAACGACUAUGCCAAGAAAACCAUCAAGGUCCUUGUUGUAGGCAACCCAGCCAACACUAACUGUCUGAUCACCAAGACAUGUGCACCAUCAAUCCCUGCCGCCAACUUCUCCUGCCUCACUCGCCUGGACCAAAACAGGGCUCAAUAUCAGGUGGCCAACAGGGUUGGUGUUCCCUGUGACAAGGUGCGCAACGUCAUCAUCUGGGGUAACCACUCCGCUACGCAGUUCCCCGAUGUCAGCCAAGCUGUAGUGGUCACCAACGAGCGAACACCAGUCUAUGCUGCCGUUAAGGACGAUGCCUGGCUCAAGGGAGACUUCAUCUCUACCAUACAAACUCGUGGUGCUGCUGUGAUUGCUGCUAGGAAGCUGUCCAGUGCAAUGUCCGCAGCCAAGGCCAUCGGAGAUCACAUGCGCGAUUGGUGGUUCGGCACCCAGCCGGAUGAGUGGGUUUCAAUGGGUGUAUUCAGCGACGGCUCAUACGGAAUCCCAGAAGGUCUCAUCUACAGCUACCCAGUCAAGAUCAGCGGCAAAGAGUGGUCUAUCGUCCAGGGUAUGGAGAUCAGCGACUUUGCCCGGGAGAAAAUGGACGCCACGGCUAAGGAGCUGAUGGAGGAGAAAGAGGCUGCAUUGUCUUUCCUCGGCCAAUGACUCCAACAAUCACAACUGUGAAGAAAACACUGCGUACUACUUGUUUAAUUCCCUAUCCCUUCCCCCUCCCCCCUUCUCAGAUGAUUUGGAAAUUGCGGUCUGCCUCCACAUAAGCUGGAAAGAGCUAGAUAUAUUUUCAUUCUUUGAUUGCAGAAACAACUCUUUCCUUCUGAAAUUAGAAAAAAGCAUAAAGAGGAUUUCUCACUCUCAUUUGUGGGGGCAUCCUGCACUUUGAUUGUAAAUUUGAGGAUAGAUUACUUGUGUACUAAAGAAACAUUUUGAAUGAUAAAAUGAUUGACAGUUUAUAAUCUAAAAGCAUGAUAUUCUUCCUACUGUAGUCUGAUUACCGAUUUAGCUCAAAUAUAGCUGAACAUAAAUUGGCAAUAACCAUGAUAUAAACAAAGAUUUAGUGGAAGAUAAAGAUAGUAUUUUUUAGAGAUAGUACUUGUUGAUUCUGCUUGAAGUGGUGUUAGGUCAACUCUUGAGAGAAAAUGUUUAUUGCUUUUCAUGGCCAGGCAUUCAAUCCAAUUCAAAGUAGCAUUUAGUUUCAUGAAGAAGACACAUUGUGUUUGAUAAUGCAGUUUAAAAAAUCAGGGGUAUGUUAAGAAGCAGCCUGUAUACAGAACAACAAGAACUAACGACGAAAACCCAGCAAAACAAAGUUAACCAACCAAACUAAACUGACGCUGGGAAUAACAUAGUUCAGAUACCUGCACAAAGAAAAUCACUUCCCUCAUAAUCUGUGUGAUGAGUGUAAACUAUUGACACAAAAAAUAAACUUGAUAUUUCCGUUCCGAUGAAGGUGCUGGUAUGCUUGUCUUCAUAAUAUCAAUUGAUGUGUAUUUUAAUGUAUAUCAAAUGACCUGGUUUAUAUUUUGCACAGAACCGGGAAAUAAUAGACCAUGGAGAAUGCUUGGUCCCAUCAAUAGCUGUGCACGUUCAGUGUAUGCAAAUAUGAGGAAACUACAAAUAAAUAUUUUGUAUUUAUCCACACCAUGCAAAGCUUAAAUCAAUACUUAUUUUGGCAAAUUCAGUUCUCCCACCAUGCAGACAUGACCAACAAAUGAGCUCUGCAUUCUCUGUGUUUGAUUUCUAUGGUUCAAGACUUAAUGUAAUGCUAAAAGUAUUAUAAUGUUCAAAUCAUCCUAAAGUUAAAAGUCAACCUCCCCCACCCCUCCCAUGUGUUUUCUUACAGUUGUGAACACCAUUUGCAGCUUCCUUCCCCACAUAUCAAUGUUUUUUUCUUUUUCUCUUUUGGGUUAUGUCAGUAAUGGUGAACGUUUAACUCAUCAUAAUGUCAAGAAUGUGACAUUUGAGACAACUCAAAAGAAGAAAAGAAAAAACUGAUUUGUAUUUUUUUUCUAUUUCCUUUGUGGAAAAACUCAUGAAAAUGUCUCCGAUCAUCUGAGCAAUAAUAUCCCUUAUUAGCAUAGGUCAGAAGUGACUUAAAAUGAUUUGGUUCCAUGGUUGAGAUAUUAACAUUCAAAGAAUUAUUUUAGUUUUGAUUGAUGACCAUUUGAUGUGUACUCUGCAAAGAUUGAUUUAUUGAUUUGUUAGCUCAGUGACUAAUUGAUUGGCUGAUUAUACUCUAUUGCUAGGUGGUAGAUUUUCAAAGUACCUGUUCUCUGUUGUGUGCUCAAACUCAACAAGUCAGGCUAUGUAUGACUUCAUCACUGCGGAUGUACCUCAUCCAUGAUCUCUUGACAGUGCAUCAACUGGGCCAUCAUCAUAUUCUCUCUUUAAUCAUCGUCAAGCUCUUUCAACAUUAAGGGAAAGAAUUAUUGCACACACAACUCUCCCUGAUUCUGCAGGAAGUUCAUUGAAAAUAAACCAAUCUGUCCAUGUUCUGAGGAACAGAUUUGACGAUCUCCCUGAUUAUGGAAAUUGUGUCCAUUUUAUGUUGAAUGUAAUUCUAAAUAUCUACCUGAUUGUUGUAAAAAGUCUCCCAGAUUGCAAGAUACUACGCUAGCUCUAUGGUACUACUUGUAAUGGCCUAACCCUCACCCAUUCUUGUAAGGGCAAUUCCUUUUGGUGAAGGGCACUCAACAAGGAAAUUGACAUUUGUACUGGAACAUUUCAUGGGGCACCAAGGGGGCAUGGAGGCAGUUGGCAAUGUAAUUGUUCAAUUUUCAUACAAUAUAAUUCAAGUACAUAAUUACAUUGAAACAUUGAGUUUUAUAUUUAACUUUUAUUUAGAAGUUUUAUUUAAUUUGUUAAGGUCCUUGUUGUCGUAUCUCAAGGCAUUGAAAAAAAACCGAUGUAACAAUUUAGAGAGCAAAACAAAAAAUAGCACUUCCUUAAGAGAUGUAAUCAAUAUAUUUGUGAAUUAAUUUGUUUAUAAAACUUAACUAUGUCAAUUGUGUGCAGUGAAAAGAUGCUAAUAAAAGUAAUAAAAUUACUUUAGAAGAA